AAGCAGGAGGAAGAGCGGCGGAGGAAAGGUGAGAGAGGAAAGCAAACCCUGCAAUGGGUCAAACCUCAUCUUUACUUGUGAAGUCUACUCUUAGAAACGAGAAUGACAGAAUUAAGUAUGCCACGUCAUCUAUGCAAGGAUUGUGCUCGUACAUGGAAGAUGCUAGUGCAGCUGUCCUAGAUCUAGAUCUUACCGGGUCCACAUCAUUCUUUGGUGUUUAUGAUGGCCAUGGAGGAGCUAAUGUUGCACUGUAUUGUGCGAACCGAUUUCAUACUGAGCUUCUACACGAUGAAGAUUAUCAGAACAAUCUGGAUGAUGCAGUGGGGCACGUGUUUUUCAGAAUGGAUGAGCAGCUUCGAGAAGAUGAUGAAUGGAGGGCAUUAGCUAAACCCCGCCGCCGUUUUAGUUUCAAUUUGCUAAAUUGUCUCAAGGCUCCUGCUUGUGUUAAGGGGUCAAUUGGUGUGAUAUGGAAUAUGGAGGCUGCUCUACUGCACUAUGGUACUCUCUGGAGAUAUGCUUUUGAAUUGGAAGUGGUAUACAUAUUACUCCUUUAUCCAAUUUUUGAGUUGGAAGUUGGAGUAGUUGUUAUGUUGAGUGCCUGGUUCAUGAGCUGGAGGUCAAAUGCUCCUAAGUUCUCGUUGGUCAUUGUACCUUGGAUGUUAUCACUUAUCAUAUUCCCAGAAUCAAGGGAACCCCUUACUCUGAAGGAAGCACAGCCUCUGUGGCUCUCAUUAGAGGAAACCGGAUCAUUGUUGGAAAUGUUGGUGAUUCUCGCUGCGUACUCUCAAGGAAUGGUCAGGCAAUGGAUUUAUCCACCGAUCACAAACCAAACCUUCCGGAUGAAAGUCGGAGAAUUCAAAAUGCUGGAGGGCGAGUAACCAGGGAUAGGAAAUAUUUUAUGUGUGCAGGAGAGAAAAGAUU